AUGAUCCCAGUGGCUGAAUUCAAGCAAUUUACAGAGCAGCAGCCCGCAUUCAAAGUGCUGAAGCCGUGGUGGGAUGUGCUAGCUGAAUACAUCACAGUGGCCAUGCUCAUGAUCGGGGUUUUUGGCUGUACCCUGCAGGUAACUCAGGACAAGAUCAUCUGCUUGCCCAGCCAUGUACCCCGAGAGAAUCUAUCAGAGACGCCUUGUGGGGCGCUGCCCCGGGCAAUCUCUGGGGAUUCAGAGGACCUUCGGGAGCUCAGCGGUCUCAAGAACAAUCUGGACUUACAACAAUAUAGCUUCAUCAACCAGCUCUGCUACGAGACCGCCCUGCACUGGUAUGCCAAGUACUUCCCCUACCUGGUUGUCAUCCACACUCUCAUCUUCAUGGUCUGCACAAGCUUCUGGUUCAAAUUCCCCGGAACCAGCUCCAAGAUCGAGCACUUCAUUUCCAUCUUGGGCAAAUGCUUCGACUCCCCGUGGACAACUCGGGCCCUGUCCGAGGUGUCUGGUGAGAACCACAAGGGCGCCUCGGGACGGGUGCCGGCCACGGCCAUCGUGGGGACGGGAAAGGCAGGUGAGUCAGAGAAGGUGCUGACGGAGCCAGAGAAGGUGGUGAUGGAACCCCCGGCUGUCACCCUGCUGGACAAAAAGGAGGGAGAGCAGGCCAAAGCUCUGUUUGAGAAGGUGAAGAAGUUCCGGGUGCACGUGGAGGAGGGCGACAUCUUAUACACCAUGUACAUCCGUCAGACAGUGCUCAAGGUCUGCAAAUUUCUGGCGAUUCUGAUCUACAACGUCAUCUAUGUGGAGAAGAUCAGCUUCUUGGUGGCCUGCCAGGUGGAGACGGCCGAAGUCACGGGCUACGCCAGCUUCUGCUGCAACCACACCAAGGCUCACCUCUUCGCCAAGCUGGCCUUCUGCUACAUCUCCUUCGUGUGUGUCUAUGGCCUCACUUGUCUCUACACACUCUAUUGGCUUUUCCACCGGCCCCUCAAGGAGUAUUCUUUCUGCUCAGUGAGGGAGGAGACAGGCAUGGGGGACAUCCCCGAUGUCAAGAACGACUUUGCUUUCAUGCUCCACCUCAUUGACCAAUAUGAUUCUCUCUACUCCAAACGCUUUGCCGUCUUCCUCUCGGAGGUCAGUGAGAGCCGGCUCAAGCAGCUCAACCUCAACCACGAGUGGACAGCAGAGAAACUGCGCCAGAAGCUCCAGCGCAACGGGCGAGAGCGGCUGGAGCUGGCCCUCUGCAUGCUGCCUGGUCUCCCUGACACAGUCUUUGAGCUGAGCGAGAUCGAGGCUCUCAAGCUGGAGGCCAUCUGCGACAUCACCUUUCCUCCGACCCUGUCCCAGCUGGUCCACCUGGAAGAGCUCAGUCUGCUGCACUCCCCGGCCAAACUGCCCUUUUCCUCCUUUGUUUUCUUGAGGGACCGACUCAAGGUGGUGAGGGUGAAGUGUGAGGAGCUUCGAGAAGUGCCUCUGUGGGUGUUUGGGCUCCGGGGCCUGGAAGAGCUUCAUCUUGAAGGUCUUUUCCCCGCAGAACUUAGCCGGGCAGCUAAUCUGGAGAGCCUCAAAGAGCUGAAGCUCCUCAAGAGCCUCUCCCUGAGAAGCAAUGCAGGCAAAGUGCCCCCCAGUGUGACCGAUGUGGCCGGGCACCUGCAGCGGCUCAGCAUCCACAAUGACGGGGCCCGGCUGCUGACCCUCAAUGGGUUAAAGAAGCUCAUGGCUCUGAGGGAGUUAGAGCUGGUGGGAUGUGGGCUGGAGAGGAUACCCCAUGCUGUCUUUAGCUUGGCUGCGUUACAGGAGCUAGACCUGAAGGACAACCACCUCCGCUCCAUCGAGGAGAUCCUAAGCUUUCAACAUUGUCGCAAGCUGGUCACUCUCAAGUUAUGGCACAACCAGAUAGCCUAUGUUCCCGAACACAUUCGCAAACUCAAGGGUUUAGAGCAGUUGUACCUUAGUCACAACAAAUUGGAGACCCUGCCAUCUCAACUCUGUUUCUGCACCAACUUGCGCUUGCUUGACAUUUCUCACAAUGGCUUACGCUCUUUGCCCCAAGAGGUAAGCUACCUCCAAAACUUACAGCAUCUUGCUGUUUCCUACAAUGCCCUGGAGGGGCUCCCGGAAGAACUCUUUUUCUGCCAAAAGCUGAGGACGCUAUUACUGGGGUACAAUCAUCUCAGCCAGCUCUCCCCACGGGUGGCUUCGCUGCAGGCCCUCAGCCGGCUAGAACUCAAGGGUAACCGGUUAGAGGCUUUACCUGAAGAACUUGGCAACUGUGGGGGGCUCAAGAAAUCAGGGCUGCUGGUGGAGGAGGCUCUGUAUGAGGGACUGCCUGCUGAAGUGCGGGAGAAAAUGGAAGAGGAGUAAGAAGGUCCCUGGGGAUUUCAUCAGUUUGGGAAACCUCAGUUAGAAAGGCUAAGGCUAGAAGGGGGACACACACCUGAGGGAGAAAAGGCAGAAACCAGAGGAAAGUGAGGUUUGAGGGAAACUCUUUGACAGAUUAGGGAACUAAUCUUUGGCCUGUGUGGAAUAAGGGUGGAGCUCCUCAUGGUGGGAUUAGCUUAAUCCUGGAAUUCAGAGACAACCACACCUGUCUCUUUUGGCUGGUUUUUCCCCUUCCAGUCUGAGGUUGGAGUCAGCCCAUUUUAUUUGGCUGGGACUGACAUGCUUCCUUUAUCCUUACUCACUGAACCAUUUGUCUUCAUUUAGUGCCUUAGACUGUGAGAAAAAAAGGAGGUUGUUGUGGAAAGAGUGGAAAAACUCCUAUGUGAUUCAGAAUAUUCUCCUAUUGCAGUAUCAGACGUUCUUUUUUAGGAGAAUAGGGACUGUUCUCCAAAUCCUAAAUUCAAUCCCUUAUUUAUAAACCUAUGUGUCAUAAACACUUUUUGAACAAGG